GCUUACCAUUCCCUCUGUCAUCAUCUCUUUUGCAUUUUCUAACUUUCCACUUACCUGACCAGACAGACACGGUUGGUUGACCACCGCAGCCGUACCAUUGGCCGGAAUCUCAUACAACCUCAUCAGAUGGACAUCGACGAAAACUACUUGGUACAUUUCACAAAGGAAACAAACUUAUACAACCAAAUGGUGCUCGGAACUUUACUGCCCGGUCAACUAUGGACCCCACUCCCACAUUUCUUUCAAGCCUGGCUGCGUUUAUAUCUUGCUGCCACCCUUUGUUACUUCAUCUCCGCUGGCCUUUGGUCUCUCUAUAUCUAUCAUUUUAAACGUAAUGUUUUUCUCCCUGAAGCUGCUAUGCCUUCGAGAAAAGCUAUGUGUAUGCAAAUGUAUGUUACAAUGAAGGGUAUGCCAUGCUAUUGUGCUCUUCCUGCGAUCUCCGAAUUCAUGGUUGAAAAUGGAUGGACAAGAUGUUUCUCACGGGUAAGUGACGUCGGAUGGGCUUCCUACGCUUGGAAUUUGGGUCUUUACUUAGUGAUUGUCGAAUUUGGCAUCUAUUGGAUCCAUAGAGCGUUGCAUGAUAUUAAACCUCUUUACAAAUAUCUUCACGCUACUCAUCAUAUCUACAAUAAGCAGAAUACGCUUUCCCCAUUUGCUGGGCUUGCCUUUCACCCUCUAGACGGGAUGUUGCAGGCGAUAUCACAUCUGAUUGCUCUAUUUAUCGUCCCCACGCAUUUGAUGACCCACAUAGCUCUGUUAUUCAUAGAACUUAUGUGGGCUAUUAAUAUUCAUGAUUGCAUCCAUGGGAAACUAUGGCCGGUAAUGGGAGCUGGCUACCACACCAUUCAUCACAAGACAUACCGUCACAAUUAUGGUCAUUUCACUGUUUGGAUGGACUGGAUGUUUGGUACCCUUCAUGAUCCUUCGAAAGACGAGGCUAAGAUUAUUUGAUUAUUGAUAUAUUCUUUAUGUUAGUUGGAAGCUACUUUUGUAAUUCGAAAUAUUUAUUUCAGUGAUAUGGGUUGUCACCCCACAGUAAAUGUUGUGUGACUCGUGACAGUUGAAUUAGUUUUAUUCUUUUGAACGGCGAAUAUUAUUUUAUUUUUA